AUGCAAUACACCCGGCCCAGGCUACCUAAAUGGGGGCCCUGGACACGAAAAUUCUCAUCAUCGCCAUGCCACCGUGAAAUUCGAGACAUUGAAACACUAUCCCAACGCUUGAUACCCAAAUAUCAAGAAUCCCAUGAUGGCGAGCUUCUUUCUCUCCAAUGGCCCUCGCCUCCACGAAAUAUAUUCCUAGUGAAAAAAGACUGCGAGCCCGCAGUGACAAAAUCCCUUAUCGAAUUGGCCAAUCAUAUAACGUCUACAUACCCAUCGAUCGCUGUCGUUCUAGAGCCAAAAACAGCCGAGGAAGUACACUCAUCUCUUCCUUUCCCCGUAUACUCAGCUCCAUUGGACAAGAAACCUUUUUCGCUGCAUGACAAGGUGGACUUGACCGUUACCCUUGGUGGAGAUGGAACGAUCCUACGAGCAUCUUCACUAUUUGCGACAUGUUACAACGUACCUCCUGUGCUAUCAUUCAGUAUGGGCACCCUGGGGUUCCUUAGCGAAUGGAAAUUCGAAGAAUACAAGCGUGCCUUUCGUGAAGUAUAUAUGUCAGGGGCCGGAGUUGGCGAUCGAACGUCCGUCCUCGAGGGACCGAAACCGACCGAGAUCGAUGAACAGAUAGAAUCAGAGAUGGGACCUACAGGAUGGUCUUCAGUCCGUGGCAAGUCUAUGGGCUCGACUCGUGGCGCUCGAAUCUUGAUGCGAAACCGUCUCAAGGUAGGGCUUUUCGCAGCUGAUGGAAGCCCCGUCCGAAAAGAUGACAGCUCCGUGCCACUACAGGGCACAUUGGGUAGCAAUGGCGUGUAUGUGAUGAAUGAAGUGCUGAUACAUCGUGGCAAGGAGCCGCACCUUGCCGUCGUAGAGGUUUUUGUUGGCGGCCGAUUUCUCACGGAGGCCGUGGCGGACGGGAUCAUCAUCUCGACACCGACAGGAAGCACCGCAUACAGUCUAAGUAGUGGAGGAAGCAUCGUCCACCCCCUGGUACCAUGCAUCCUAUUGACGCCGAUCUGCGCACGGAGCUUAAGCUUUCGACCAUUGGUCCUGCCGUCCAGCACGCCGAUCACGCUGCGACUAAGUGAGAAGAACCGAGGUCGGGAGCUGGAGCUAAGUAUCGAUGGAGUUAACAUGGGUCAAGGGAUGGCAGUUGGUAUGGAGGCUCGGGUGUGGAAUGAAGAAAUGAGGCACGGGAAGAAUAACUGGUAUGGGGGAGUGCCAAGCGUGAUGCGGAGGAUCAUGGGCGGUGAAGCGCAUGAAGGCUGGGUGGGUGGAUUGAAUGGGCAGCUCAAGUUUAACCACCCUUUUGGAGAAGAGCCAUAG